UCUCCAGCUCUAGUUUUAUCAUGGCGAUUUUCUUUUGACUUUGACAUCCACUGGGCGCACGUGUUUUCGGGCAUAGCUCUGUGUAAAUUUUAGUAAAAAGCAAUAUGAAUCCGGAGAAGCUUAAGAAGUUGCAAGCGCAGGUGCGCAUUGGCGGCAAGGGCACCCCCCGUCGCAAGAAGAAGAUUGUGCACUCCACCCCCGCAACCGACGACAAGAAGUUGCAGUCGUCGCUGAAGAAGUUGUCGGUGAAUACCAUUCCCGGCAUUGAGGAGGUGAACAUCAUCAAAAAUGAUGGCACCGUCAUCCACUUCAACAACCCCAAGGCGCAGGCUUCGCUGCCAACCAACACGUUCGCCAUCACUGGACACGGUGAGAACAAGACAAUCACCGAGAUGGUGCCUGGCAUCCUCACACAACUGGGACCCCAGGACAUCAAUCAGUUGAAGAAGCUGGCCACGGAAAUCGCCAACAAGAGCGCCGCCGGUGGUGCUGCCGGCGCUGCUGGAGCGGAUGCCGGUGACGAUGAUGUGCCCGAUCUGGUCGAGAACUUCGAGGAGGUGGCUAUUGCCGCUGACGAGAAGGCUGGUGAAGUGGCGGCCUCGGCCUAAUAAGUCAACGAUGUUGAGUCGUAGAUACACACACAUACACUUUAAACAAGAAACAACACACAUACAAAACAUACGACGACAGAAGGAAAGAAGGGGCUAGCGGCUGGCAUACAGAACACACCGUCAAGCGGAUCCUCUUCUCCCGUCUGGAUAGCUGUGUGGGAUGGGAGUAGGACAGAUGGCAUGUGGUUUGUCACUGGAUGCGCCGCCCGCCCGGUUCCUUUUUCUAUUUCGGGGGUCAUGAUACACUAAACUAAACACAAAUAAAACGGCAUCCAAGCGAGCGCUAAACACAACACGUUAAAUAUAAUAAUUAUAUCUAAUGUAAUAAGGGAACUUUCAAUCUUAGAACUACUCUUAGUGUAGCUGGAAACGAAUUGUGCAACGGUAAAAUGUAUUUUCCAAUGCAAUUUAAGCACGUUUCCCUCUAUACGAAAAACAAAACACACACAUCCGCAA